CGGGUGGAGAGUACGUUUUUAAAUCUAAACAAAAGAUCGAAUUUUAUUUAUAUUUUUACUAAUAUAAAGAAACUAGUGGUAACAGUUUCCAAAGAUAAUUAUAAAAAAUGUCUUCAGAAGCAUGGUUUGAGCCAGGUCGUUUACAUCCAAAAGUUCUUAACUCAUUCAUUUCUUUUAUAGUGGAAUCUUUGAUUUACUGGCGCGAUGUUAAGAAGUCUGGAGUUGUUUUCGGCAUUGGCCUUGCGAUUCUUCUCGCCAUGUCGAUGUUCUCACUAAUCAGCGUCUUUGCAUAUUUGUCACUGCUGACACUUGCUGGAACUAUUUCGUUCAGAAUAUACAAGACGAUCAUGUCGGCAGUUCAAAAAACUUCUGAGGGACAUCCAUUCAAAGAAUUCUUGGACAUCGAUUUGACUUUGUCACCUGAAAGAGUUCAACAGAUUGCUGGUGUUGUGGUUGCUCAUAUCAAUGCAUACAUCGCCGAGUUACGUCGAUUGUUCUUAGUUGAAGAUCUUAUUGAUUCACUUAAAUUUGCUUCACUUCUGUGGCUUUUGACCUACAUUGGAGCUGUUUUCAAUGGAAUGAGUGUCAUCAUUUUAUCGUACGUUGCCUUAUUCACACUUCCCAAAGUCUACGAAGCCAACAAGCAGAACAUUGAUCAAUAUUGGAAUUUAGUUCAAAACAAAAUCAUGGAAAUAUCUGAAAAUUUGAAGGGUACUGCUGACUUUCUUAGUCAUGAACGAGCGGAAAAGAUUGACGUUCAAAAGCCAAAAGUAAAUGUUGAUGAUUUUUUAAACUUCAGCGAUGGAUUUGAUGAUACAAAACAACAUGGUGGAAAUUCAGUUCUACUACCUUCAGUGGAAAAAAGAGACGAAAAAAUUGAUGAAAUGAAAUCAUCUCAACCAGAGUUUGAAGCUCAAUUCAAAGGAAUGAAUGAAGAUUAUUUGAAUCAAUAUGUUGCACCAAACAUUCCGAAGAAUGUUAAAGAAUCGUUUGCAAAUGAUAAUUUCAGUAGUUCAGAAGAUUUAUUAUCAGAUUUCAAAGAUCCCACUCCAGUUUCACCAGAAAUUCCCAUUGAUAUUCCAAAGGCUGUUGAGAUGAACAAGCCACCUGUAGCUGAACAAGUGAAGUCGGUUGAGAAGCCAAAGACCGCACCACCACCAGCACCUACCAAGAAGCCAACAUCUCAAGAUACACAAAUUGAAGCAGAAAAGAUAUUCAAAAACAUUGGAUUAGUCAUUCGAAGCAGAGAAAGUUUAAACUCAAAUGACAUCACUCAUGAAUCAUCUAUGAUUAGGGAAAAAAAAAUUAUGGAUGACUCAUCGACAACAAAAGACUCAGCUGAGAUCUUGAAUGGAUUGUGCAAACGUCCACCGAUACUUUGUUCAAUUCUAUCACCAAAUGCUUGGUUCAAGCCUGAUCGCUUAAAUCCAAAAGUGGAAUCUUUGAUUUACUGGCGCGAUGUUAAGAAGUCUGGAGUUGUUUUCGGCAUUGGCCUUGCGAUUCUUCUCGCCAUGUCGAUGUUCUCACUAAUCAGCGUCUUUGCAUAUUUGUCACUGCUGACACUUGCUGGAACUAUUUCGUUCAGAAUAUACAAGACGAUCAUGUCGGCAGUUCAAAAAACUUCUGAGGGACAUCCAUUCAAAGAAUUCUUGGACAUCGAUUUGACUUUGUCACCUGAAAAAGUUCAACAGAUUGCUGGUGUUGUGGUUGCUCAUAUCAAUGCAUACAUCGCCGAGUUACGUCGAUUGUUCUUAGUUGAAGAUCUUAUCGAUUCACUCAAAUUUGCUUUACUUUUGUGGCUUUUGACCUACAUUGGAGCUGUUUUCAAUGGAAUGACUGUCAUCAUUCUUUCCUACAUCGCUAUGUUCACCUUACCCAAAGUCUACGAAGCCAACAAGCAGAACAUUGAUCAAUAUUUAGAUUUAGUAAAAAGCAAGAUUAUGGAAAUAACUGACAAAGUCAAGGCAGCUAUCCCGAUGUGCAGUGACAAGAAGGUUGAGUCAGCUAAGGACAAUUUUGAGACAAAAAGUUUAGAAAAUAUCAGACAUGAAUCAAGGGAAAAUAUAAAAUGCUUUUAUGUCUAUGAAUGCUGCAAGAAAAUAGAAUUUGAUUGUGUUCAAUAUUGUGAGCCAAACUAUCAAUGCAGAAACGAUGUGAAUAAUAAAUUAGGACCAAUUGAAUCUUCAGAGGAAAUUGAAGAGACAUCAGCAGAUUUCUUUCCAUCUACUUAUGUAAUUAAGGUUGGAGCUUGCAGACGAGGCUUUCGUCGUUCGUUUCCCAUUAUGGACGUUAAAUGUAUUUUGUAUUUGUUAUUCAUUACUGUCGUUUCUUAUGUUGAAUCUCAAAACCUUCUACUAAAUUCUAACGAAGAAAUCAAAUGCUACUACAUUUACGAAUGUUGUCGGAAAUUUCAAUUCGAAUGUGUUGAAUACUGCGAGCCAAAUUACAUUUGUGACGAUAGUGAUCAGAAGCAUCUUCUCAGAUUAGACGAAGAAUUAUUAGUUACAUCAACGACAAGUAAUCCAUCAGUUGAUGAAAUUGAAACAACAACAUUUCAAUCAGCUGCAAAGACAAAUAUCAUUGCUGUUGGUGUUUGCAGAAAAGGAUAUCGAAUGAUUGGAAGUGGAAAGUGUAAAAAAGUUUUUUAAUUAAAAUAACAAAUUUACGUCUAAAUAUUUGGCUUCAAGCAAUUCAGUUCAAAAGAUUAUCAGUCUGACUUUAAAAUAUUUUGAAAGACUUGAAGAUGAGACGAGUGAUUUUGUACAUUUUGAUACUGUCAAGUGUAUGCAAAUCUUCAAGCAACGAAGAAAAUUGCGUUUGGACUUAUAAAUGUUGUUCAUUUAAAGAAAAUAUAUAUAAUCAAGUGGAAUGUGUUAAGAUGUGUGAACCACAGAUAAAUUGCACUGCAACUGAAAGUUCCAAUGAUGUGGAAGAAGUAGAAACGUCUGGUGAACCUGUGGAAAUUGUCGCAGCUUUUUCGUUGCAAUCAAACGUUUGUCGAAGUGGCUUUCGAUAUUAUUUCGGAAAGUGUCGUAGAAUUUAUGGGAAAAAUAGAAACAGAUAUUAAAUUUUAUUAAUAAAAUCUUUA